AUGGCCAAAUCUUACAAUUACGGGGACGCAAUGUCGACAAUCGCGGGGAAACCUAACGAUCAACCUAGCGAUCGCAACCCCCUGACAAGAACACUCAUGGAAUGGCACGUCACACUAGGGCAUAUCCACACUGGCGCGAUCAUUGCACUAGCGAAGGACCCAUCAUCCGGCAUCCGCAUCAAAGGAUCUAAAACAGGCUUCUUCUGCGAUAGCUGCGUCAAAGCAGGCAUGACACGCAAGUUCUCGCAAACUCCCAUGCCACGAGCGUUGCGAGCAAUGCAACGUGUUCAUAUCGACCUUGCUGGCGGUGGUCGUACGCUGGAUGAUAUGUCCGAUUACCCUAUCGAAUCUCGUCAAGGGACCAAAUAUUAUAUGCUCAUCACCGAUGACGCCACCCGCUACAGGUGGAUCUAUUUUUUACAUACCAAGGACCAAGCUGUCGAAAUUUACGCUCACUGGGUCCAAUUCAUGAAAAAUCUCGGCUUCACGCCACCGGCGCUAGUUAGGACUGAUAUCGAUGGUGUCUUUCGAUCUAACAAGAUGACAACAAUGAUGACCAAAGAUGGCACUAUCUGGGAACCUACUACGCCCCAAUCUCCCCACCAAGAUGGUGUUUCUGAGAGAGGAAUCCGUACGAUAAUGACGCGCGCAAGGGCAGUGCUUUUAGGCAUGAAUAUACCGAAGAAGUUCUGGGCAGACGUUCUCGAAACGGUGGUUGCAAUUACCAACAACACACCAACAUCUACCACCCUGUAUAAUGAGAAAUACUGGCCUACCAACAACGCCGACGAAGCACCUGCGCGAUGCCCCUAUACGGUCCCAUUCUCAGCACUAACCAACGCCCCGCCCCAACUUCGCCAUUUUAGGGAGCUAGGUGUUGAUGUUUACGCGCACCUUCAUGGAUCUCAAAAACCUACUGACAAGCUGUCCGCUAGGGCAGAAAUUUUUAAACUUAUAGGAUUCCGUGGUAACUCAAUCUACCGCCUCUGGAGUCCUACAACUGAUAAAAUAAUUGUCACCAGUGAUGUCGUUUUCCCUGCAAAGGAACCUACAACCUCGCAGGUUGACGCUAACCACACGACACCCGAACCUGCAAGUUCAGCGACUUAUCUCGUUGAUGAUACUACCGUUCCUGAAUUAGCUGACGCCGAAUGGGUAAGACCAGCGAAAGCGUUCGCCACCUACGUUCCUUCUCCCCUCACCGGUUCCGUUCCGAAAGGAUAUAAGGAUGCCGUUAGUAGACCUGGGGGGGUUGGCGAAUAUUGGCAGAAAUCGAUGGAACGCGAGAUUGCAGAUUUGGAACGAAGGAACACUUGGACAAUGAUCCCACGUUCUGACGUCCCUUCUGGUGAGCCAGUGGCCCCCGGCCGCUGGGUUUAUGUCGAAAAAGAUCGCCCCCAGGAUCCCAACGCGGAUCCUGAUGGUAUAUUACGAAAAUCUCGAUGGGUAGUGUGCGGUAAUUGGUUAAAGAAAAGCGCACGCGAAGAAACAUACGCGCCCGUCGUUAAUGACGCUACUAAUCGCAUGAUGUUCGCGAUAGCAGCGAAGCGAGGUUGGACCUUGCGCCAGGUCGAUAUAGUGAUGGCCUACCUACACGGCCGACUUGGUAAAACGAUUUAUAUGCGGCAACCUACCGGAUUUGAGGUGGGGACUCCACACGCGAUGGUUUGCGCUGUCGGAGGCUCCCUAUACGGAUUAGACCCUGCUGCUAAGAUUUGGUACGAUUUCCUUACAGCAUUACUCCGCGAGAAUGGCUUCAAACCUAGCCCCUACGACCCUGCUCUAUGGCGCCACACGUCCCGCAGUCACCUUUAUAUGACAAUCUACGUGGACGACCUUCAUAUUAUAGCAGAGGAUCCGGCAGAUGCCGAUUGGCUAGUUGACACCCUCGCCAAUAAAUUAGAAAUAAAGGAUUUAAAAGAACCUUCAAAAUACUUAGGCAUGGAGGUUGAACGUCGCCCUGAUGGUGCUAUAAAAUUGACAUUGAGACGCUAUAUCGAUCGUUUAGUGCAAGAUUUCCGCCUAGAUGACGCCGUCCCUGUCCCUACGCCAAUACUUGAAGGGUUGAAGAUAGACGAUACCCCUGUGUCAGAACGAGAAGGAGGGUUCACCAAAAAGCGAUACCAACACGGAGUAGGGUGCUUGCAGUAUCUGGCAGUCAAAUUACGCCCAGAUAUUGCGCGAGCAGCAUCCCUACUAGCGCAGAAGAAUACUGCGCCUACACCUAAGGCGUGGAGGGCUCUCCUCCGCGUCAUACAAUAUCUAAAAGGAACGAGCGACCUUGGCAUCUUAUACGAAGGCCCCAAGAACGAGAUCGAUGAAUUCCCCAACGCGUCAUAUCUGCCGAUAGGUUAUACAGAUUCGGACCGUUGA